AUGCUUUCAUCAGCAGCUGAUGCAUCGCCUGAGACAGGAUCAUCGUCGCAGGGGCCACAGAAUACCCGGAAUCUUGAGAAAUACUCGGACUGGUUUCAGGCUGCCCCACCUGCAGCGGAUAGAACCAACUUCGACAGAUCGCCAAAUGAUCCGCUUCGACCUCAACAAAAGAAAUCCUGGAGCUUGUGCUGCCCUGAGCAGGCAGAUCAGGCAGAGUUCCCUCGCGUUAGCUCAUGCGCCUCCUUCGGCGACAAUGGCACCACCGCCAGCGUGAACGCAUACGGCAAUCUCAUCCAGUUGACGCGGUACCUGGCGGCUGGACGUUCCGGCUUCUUCGCGGUCAAUUCCAAGCGCACGCCUGAGCCUUACAUCGUCCCUUGGCGCAUUAAGUACCUUCUCGACGACUUGAAUCACGCCGAAAGUGGUAUUGGACUCCGCCUGUGCAGCAAGCCUGAAGUUCCUACGCCAAAGUUGGACUUUGUGUUCGAUCGCUGGCCUCGAUUCACCACAAAGAUGUCGGGGCUAAAGAUUGAGUGCCAGUACGCGGUCAAAGACGGCACGAUCAUUCAGCACUACAGCAUCGAGCGGGAAGAGACGAGUAGCUCACAUUCCCUUCCUCACAUGGUUAUCGAUGUGGCAAAUCUGUCCAUCAUAGACUGUGAGGGGAAGGCUUUCUUCAACCAGUACAACAGUCGGUUUGAUUCGUACCAUAUGGUUGAAGGUCUCGACAGUCUUGGGUUUAUUGUCGCGCACGAAUUCCCGCCAGGUUACCACGAAAGUGUUCAAUGUACCAAUGUACACAACGCAAGCCGGAGGCCAAGCAUUUCCGAGGAGGAAGUCGUUGAUGUUGUCCAGAACGGUGAAAAUGGUACACCAAGCGCCGAUCCAGAUCAUCCUGGCCGAUCAGAAGCUGGGAGUAAUGAUGGACGGAGCAUGCAUGGCCAAUCGGCGAAGGGAGAUGGCGAGACGGGGCACGAUAAUCAAAAGGCAUCAGAUCAAGCAAAAGCCAGGAAGCCAUCGGCUGUCGGGGUGAUUAUGUCACUUUUCAUCAACGAUCAAGCUGUAUCGACUCGUCAAUACUUCCCCAAACCAGCAGGGAGCGGGAGUAAAAUUGACCUCGAAAGUCUCCUCAGCGCCACGAACACGGUCCGAAUCACAAUGGCGUAUAGGCUACAGUUGUUGUCCAGUAGUGCAAACCAUUGGGAGUCAUCCGUCAUUACUGCUUCGCAAGCAAGCAUUGCUGAUGCAAUGACGGCGAGUUACGUGCCGGAACUGAAACUUUCAUCUUCUCCCAAGCUCGAUUUUGUGCUCCGGCGCAACCUGCAGCAUAUCCUUGCAGUCUGCUCAAUUGAGACAUCAGACCAUCCAAUCUGGGGCUCUCAGGGCAGAGAAACCCCAUCAAGGAAAGUGGAUUCGGAAAAAGAGGAGGGGAAAGCUAUCGCCUUGACGUGUGGAGACUUGUCAGGCCACCACAUUGUCACAUCAGCAAGCUUCUUUGCCUUCCGGUUUCUAUUGGCAAUGUUUACUCACUUAAAGGGCAUAGCUGGAUCAGGUCUGUUGCGCGAGUGCAUAUUUGAAGUCUGUAAAGGUCACCUGAUAUGGACAUUCACCAAGGCUUUGCCGAAGACUUUGGUCAUGGACGAAACGUGGUCGGGUUGUGCUGAGCACAAGGACACCUGGUCUCCUGUAUCAGAUGAAAAUGAAAUCAAAGGAUUCCAGUCUGAGUAUUGGAUAUCUGGAGAUGCCAUUGGCUUCUCUGAGCAUUCGCGGAAUGCUCCCUCAACAUCCCUUACCAACACCCCUUUUCAGUUUAUCAAAGCUGGUGAAUUUCACAGAACUUUCGACAAAUACAAGGAGGGCUUCGACUCGGCAGAGAUCUCACGGAGGCAUGUCAGUGGCCUGAUUACCACGUGGGUCUUUAUCCUGUACCAGAUGGACCGACGAGGAAAUUACACCUUCUCGAGACCAACAGAAGAUGGUAUCGGUCGCUAUCGUUUGGAUGACCACAUUUGGAUCUGGACUGCAGCAAAAAGCAUCGAAGAUCUUGGUUUGGCCAAGAAGUUGAAACCUCUCAUGUUUCGCGGACAGAAAGAGAUAGUUUUGAGGUCAUUCACGCCUGGAGAACUACAGGUCAACAUACUUCGGAGAUUUACAACGGAAAACAUCGUCCUACAAAAGUCAAUGCUGGCAACGACACGGUCAGCCCAAGAGACACGUUUUCUAUUCCAUUCACGCGACACGUCUUUGUUCUACGCCAUGGAAGAAGGCUUCUUUGAUGCCGGUUCUCGAUCCCCAUUGUGGGAGAGUACUAUGGACUUUCAAAAGCAGCACACUUACAACAACAUGGGGAAGUGGGACAAUCCUCUUCGAUAUGCGCUGGCUCUAAUCAUGGCAGCAAAGGGCAAGCAGCUAAAAAUGGAGCCUAAGCAACACUGGGAGUCUUUCAAUGAGGCAGCAGACAUCCUGUACAGGAGCUGUCUUCCUACCGGCGUCUUUGCUGGCGAGCUCGACGGCACAACGAAAAAGCCUAGGGUCCUCUCGAAUCGAAGGCAUCACAACUUCUACUGGCACGUAGGGUUCGAGAUCCCUCUCAUAUUCUGGGAAUACGCCAGAGCAUUCCCGAUGGACCCACCCCCACCACAGAAGGACCAGGAGAGAUUGGACAAGGCCCACGAUGCCGGCCACAACUCCACAGAAUCCACGGCAAUACCUAUUUCCAACAAUGAGAAGGUUGCUACUGGCUUCCAAACCUCAAGUCAAGGAUUAUUUUCCGGUCCUGACAUGCCUUUCGGUAGAUCCAAAGAUCUGCAGCUUUCAAGCAACUCUUUGAAAAAGAUGAAAGCGAUUCCUAUGAGGUAUACGAUCAAUCAAGGCAGUGAUCUUGAGCUGGUGGACGAAUGGUUGUACAAAUACCCCGACUUCCUCGACUUCCAUCCCAGCAUCAGACUGGAAGACGAACAGUACGCCGAGAAUGUCAGGGAGUCGUUGGAUGAAAACUCCGUACUGGGAAAACUGCUCGAGAGUAAAGACAACGGCGAUGGCCUGCAGUGUGUGCUUAGAGAAGAAGAUUUUGACGAGAAAGCUGCAAUCUUGGAUGUCCGGCGGACUGCUCACACGAGGAGGGGCAUCUCUAAGCAUGAUUGGGAGGAUAGACUCCCGUUAUGCAGCAACUACUUUCUUAAAUUCUUUCUGAACCAGUACCGCACUGCAGAGGAUGCUAAAAAGCGACUGGUAUGGAUGCCACGCGGAGAUAGGUGUACGGCACUGUUAUCCUACCUAGCCACGUGCGGGUCGCAAAGAGAAUCCAUAUCGGAGUUCUUCAACCGGCACGCCAGCUGGCAAAAGUACUUUCAUGACGACACAGCAGCUGCGAAAAACUUCUGGGAGACCGAGUUCCAUCUGUCUUUUUACCAGCUCGUGGAGCAGGGUGUACCCGAAAUCCGUGGAAAGAAGAUCAGCCGUGCUACGAUGGGCUUUCGGUUUGUUGGCGACUUUUGGGAUCGUUAUUGGACGUGCCACAUAGUGGAUUAUCUUCUGGCAAAGUCUGACGAAGACUACUACUGGGGUCCGUUUGAUCAACAUCAACCUCUGAGUCCGAUUCAGCAUAAAAGCUUGCGGAAUGAUUCGAUGGAUUACUGGAAGCAACGGAGGAUAUUAGAGCUUGUUCUUUUCGACAGGAUGUUGGACGAGAUUACUCGGUCUGUCAAAGGGAUCGUAGAUGAGAUCAAGCAUGAGCUCGGCGUUCGGAAAGACACGUUCACUUUUUCCACGACAGUCCCUAGCGACAGCAACUCUCUCAUGUCUUCGAGGCAAUGGAUGGAGACCGACGAAAUUCUUCACGCCAUGGAAGAGGACCUCAACGCCAUAAUGGAUGAGGCUCAAAACUGGAAGAAUCGAGAAGAAGAAAGAGGCGUGGAACAGCCGCGAUGGAGCAAGAAGGACGAACACAAGUACCGACGAACAAUCAGCAAGAUUGUUGCUUGCAACCAAAGGAACUUACGAGAACUGGACAGUUUCUUGAAGAGCAUUCAAUCUUGGCGCUCUUCUCUUCAAAGCAGGAGACAAACAAAAUUGGACGAGAUCAACUUCCAAAACGCCGAGGAUGUCCGCUUCUUUACCUAUGUCACCGUUGUUUUCUUGCCUCUUGGGUUCGCGGCCAGCAUUUUCAGCAUGAGCGAGACUCCGGCCGUACCGGUUCUGGUCAGCAUGAUAGUCACAGCUGUUGUUGCACUGUGCCUAACCAUCGUUGCUCUAGUCAGUGCAAAGCCGAUGGUAAAAAUGAUCCGCGUGGUUUCGCGGGAAAUCAAGGAUUUCCCUGUCAGACUGGCACAAAGGAGCAUUUUGGUAGAGACAUACAGAAGAGAGCGACUUGCAGAGACUACCCAGACGGCAGUGGGAACGCCCCGCACGGAGAGACGACUGGAGCGGCUCCACAAACAGCUUUCACACAUUCGGCUCCGGGCCACCUACAUCGUUCUUGAAUUACCCAUCCGGCAUAUGGUAAACAACGCAAUUUUCACCUCUAUGGAGACGACCAAAUCCGAAGACCAGGAGCAGAGUUCGUCUAAAAAAGCCCCGAAAAUGGUGUCUGGGACGCAGGAGAACGCAGGCGGAGAACACACGGCAUACGAAAGUGAUCCACAAGCUGAGGCUCAGCAGCUUAGUCUCAGAACAAGACCGAUGAUGAUCUGUAUGGGACUUGUGCUGUAUGUCACCAAAAAGACAAGUAAAGGUGCUUGGAAAGUGUUGCAUUUCGUUGUGAAAUGCUUCACCCUACUUCUCUGGCUACUGACUUUCGCAUUUUUUUACGUUUUGUACGUGAUGUUGAUCGGCGUCUGGGACUUGUUCAGGGCUGCGCCUGAGAAAAAGGUUGAUAGCACAGCCGUAAAAGGUCCCGCUCAUGGAGACCCAACAGGAUCCACAGCUGCUGAGCAGAAUGAGCGUUUGAAGACGCGCAGGUUUCUGAUGUCGGCCUUGAAUUUCCGUCCCGUUGCCUGGUUGAAAUCUUGGAGUUUUUCCUCUCUCAAAGAAACAAUGAGAACAUCGGAGGAGUCGGCAAAGGAAUGGAUUUCGCAACGACGAAAGAGACAGUGA